UGCAUCAGGAUCACUAAGGGAGCAUCAUGAGUACUUUUAUUUUCACUUGCAGUGACUGACAAGAAUGACUGUGUGGUUUUGUUUAGUCGUCUGUGUAACUGCAAGAGAUGAACAGUCACUGUCAGUCAAGAUAGAAGAACAAAAAUGAAUGAAGCCUUUAUUUGUCACUUGCAGUUGCCUGCAGUGAAAAUGGACCGCUUCUGACCAUACAUAUAUUACACAAACAUCACAUAGGGAAGACAGGUCAGAAUAGGUAGCAAGUUUUAAGAAAACCAAUGAAAAUACACCACAUCGGGGACAGGAGGAGAAAAAAGGAUUCUACUCAGAUGAAUGGGUGCACACACUGUUGGCCUCAAUCAGGCUGUACACCAUAAGACGUGUCUGUGCAUGUCCUAAUGUGAGGCUAUUUCUCGGAAACUUUUCAGUGAGCUGUUGGCGGUUUGAAAUAUUAAAGUAUCUCUAUUAAGAGGAGGAGGUGUGAUUAUGAUACAGCCACACACACAGAUAAACACGUAUUAAAAUAACCCGCAGUCACUUCUUCUUCCUGCGAAUCUUCCUACACUUACCAAUAAAUAUCCAAGCACUGAUGAACUUUUUGUUGCAGCCUGAUCAGCGAAUCGAACCACCGGUCAAAAUGUCUCUGAAGAUCCUCUCCAUCACGCUCCUCCUGCUCUCAAUGUGUGUGUGCUGCCACUCCUCUGAAGCUCAUCGUCAUCCUUCAGUAAAGCGACCAUGCUGCACUGCCGUCACCAAACCCGAUUGGAGCGCUGAGGUGGUGGGGGAAACGUAUCGUGAGCAGGCUGCAUCAGAUCACUGUGUGAAGGCUAUACUUUUCAACACAAAAAAAGGACCGCUUUGUGCUGAUCCAAACGCUCAGUGGGUCAAGGAUCUCAUUGCCAGAAUGACAAAGGUGAAGCAGUGAAGCACAAAGCCUGUGUUGAAGCAUUGCUAUCUGUCUGCUACAUCAGUAUUUCCACCAUCUUUAAAGGCAAUAAUUGGAUAAUCUGGCUUUGUGUCUUUUUUCUUGAUCAUAUAUGAAUUGUGUUUACACAAAGCACAUUUUGGCUUUGGAAAAAAAAACAUAAAAAUAAACCUUUGUAUUAUAACACCAA